CCUUUCUGUGACGUAGGGUUUGCGGACACUUCCUGGUUUGAUCCUCGGACUGAACCGAAACAUAACGCCCUAAUUCAGCAUGCAUUUCUCCAGGUUUGGGAUUUACAUAAAAAGAAAGAAGCGAGGCUGUUAUCAAGCCUAGACGUCUUUUCUUCUAUCUAGUUUACCUUGCACCCACCUUCCCCUGUGCCAUUAUGCUGUGUUGGGGCAAUGCGAGAGAUGGACAGUUGGGUAAUGGUGUGGAGAAGAAUCCAGUUUAUGAGCCAAAAAGCUGUUCAGUGUUCUCUGGCAGGGGGCUAAAGGAAAUUGCUUGUGCAGGAGAGCACUCAGUGUUUCUACUUCAGGAUGGGAGUGUCUACACAUGUGGCUCCAACAGCUGUGGACAGUUAGGCCAUGACAAACUAGGGACUUCCCCAGAAUUAGUCGGGGCUUUGGAUACUCAGAAAAUAGCAAUGGUCUGCUGUGGCCGGGCCCACUCUCUGGCGGUCAGUGAGCAGGGCCAGGUGUUCGCUUGGGGGGCUGGAGAUGGGGGGCAGCUCGGUCUGGGCACUACAGAGACGACUGUACGAAUACCAAGACUGGUGAAGCGCCUCUGUGAUCAUCGCAUCUCACAAGUUAUGUGUGGGAACCAGCACUGCAUUGCACUUUCUAGAGAUGGUCAACUCUUCACAUGGGGUCAGAACACAAACGGUCAACUGGGUUUGGGAAAAGGAGAGCCUAGUAAGCUGUUCCCUCAGCCGUUGAAGUCUUUAGCAGGAAUUCCUUUGGCACAAAUAACAGCUGGUGGUGACCACAGCUUUGCACUUUCUCUGUCUGGAGCUGUGUUUGGUUGGGGCAAGAACAGGGCUGGACAGCUGGGACUAAAUGAUAAACAAGAUCGUGCAGUCCCUUGUCACAUUAAAUUCUUGCGAUCUCAAAAAGUUGUUUACAUCAGCUGUGGAGAGGAACACACUGCUGCUCUUACAAAGGACGGUGGCUUGUUUACAUUUGGGGAUGGAUCUUGGGGUCAGCUGGGUCAUGGGUCAACAAACAACGAACUUCUACCCAGACGAGUGCUCGAGCUCAUGGGCACCGAGGUUUCCCAAAUAGCCUGUGGCAGACACCACACUUUGGCGUUUGUGCCUUCUUCUGGUUGGGUGUAUGCAUUUGGUUGUAACAAUUAUGGCCAGCUGGGUACAGGGAUGUGGGGGAAUUCGAAAAGUCCAUGUCCUGUCAGGAUUCCUUUCGUUGGAUGUUUUCAAAAAGGAGGAUCAAAGCAGUGCACAGUAACAAAAAUUAUCUGUGGAGGCGACCAUAGCUUUUUGUUGUUUUCAUAUGACCAGAGUGCAGUCAUCCCUGAAGACUUCAGAAUGAAUAAUAUCAGCAAAAGCCUUUCCCCAAUCAACUAUGAGCGUUGUAACUCAUGGAGGUUAAGGCUUAUGUACAACACAGAGUCCAGUGUCUCAGAUGACAUUAUUAAUCAGCUCUCGUCCACGGCUUGCUGGAACGGAAGCUUCUUGGACCAAAGUGAUGAUGCACAUUUUAAAACCAACCCUAAGAUCCCAGGCAUCGACAUCCACUCUGUCCGCGCCCUGUUUGAGGCGCUCAGUCAGCCCGCUUUCUCUGCACUGCUGGAGCAGGCCACCAAAAGCUUUGAAAACUUGCUAAUCCCUCAGCUGCCCAGUUCCCCACCUGAUGUUGAAGCCAUGAGGAUCUACCUCAUUUUGUCAGAGUGUCCAUUAAUGCACGACUCCAAGAACUUCAUUCGACUCACUAUUCCUUUUGCCAUUGCUAUACUGCGGCUAGACACCAACCCAAGCAAAGUAUUAGAUAACUGGUGGUGUUUUGUGGAGGGCAGUGUCUUCAGAAGAAUGGUGGACAUGUACAAGCGGAUUGUAGUGUUCAUGCUAACACUUGGAAAGUCUGUGGUGGUGCCUGUGUUUUAUGAAAACUAUUUCCUGGCUACACUGAGACUGCUUGAAAAACUUCACAAGGUAAACUUAAAGGCCAAGCAUGUCGACUACAACAGUUUUUAUAUCCCUGACAUUACCAACCUGGUGGACAUCCAGGAAGACUACCUCAAGUGGUUUUUAAGUCGAGCCGACAUUAAAACUGGGUCAUCUCCUUCCAAGCAGAAUGACUUUCCCUCAGUGAACCUUUGUGCCUACCCAUUUAUACUGAAUGCUCAAGCCAAGACAACCAUGCUGCAGACUGAUGCUGAGCUGCAAAUGCAGAUGGCCGUCAGUGGUGCAAACCUACACAAUGUCUUUAUGCUGCUCACACUGGAACCCCACUUGGCGAGGAACCCGUACUUGGUGCUGCAUGUGCGCAGGGACCACUUAGUGAGUGACACACUGCGAGAAGUUUCCAUGUACUCGGAUGUGGACCUCAAGAAACCCCUCAAGGUGAUCUUCGAUGGAGAGGAGGCUGUAGAUGCUGGCGGAGUCACUAAAGAGUUCUUCUUGCUGCUGCUGAAGGAGCUGAUGGAUCCUGUCUAUGGCAUGUUCACGCAUUAUAAAGACUCCAAUCUGCUCUGGUUUUCAGACAAAUGCUUUGUAGAGUCAAACUGGUUCCAUCUGAUCGGAAUUAUCUGUGGCCUGGCCAUCUACAACUCUACUGUGGUAGACCUGCACUUUCCACUGGCGCUGUACAAGAAGCUACUCCAAGUCUCUCCUACGCUGGAGGAUUUCAGAGAGCUGUCUCCUACUGAGGCCAGGAGUCUUCAACAGCUUUUGGACUAUGAUGGCAAUGACGUAGAGGAGACAUUUUUACUUAACUUUUCUAUCACUCGGGAAAACUAUGGGAUGACCGAGGUGAAGGAGCUGGUGCCAGGGGGUGAAAGUAUCAACGUGGACAAAAACAACAGGAAGGAAUUUGUGGAUGCGUACUUGUGCUACGUGUUCUGUGACUCAGUGAGCGAGCAGUAUGAAGCCUUCUCUAGCGGCUUCCUCAAAGUGUGCGGCGGCGAGAUCCUGUGGUUAUUCCAGCCUUCGGAGCUCAUGGCCAUGGUGGUGGGCAACAGCAACUACAACUGGGAAGAGAUGGAGAAGAAUGCUGAGUACAAAGGGGAAUACUCUGCCACUCAUCCGACCGUCCGGCUGUUCUGGGAAGUCUUCCAUGAAUUCCCUCUGGAGAAAAAGAAGCAGUUCUUAUUGUUCCUAACUGGCAGUGACCGCAUCCCCAUCCACGGUAUGGAGAGCUUAAAAAUUGUCAUUCAGUCCACGACAGCGGAGGAGCACUAUCUGCCCGUGGCCCAUACCUGCUACAACCUGCUGGACAUGCCCCGCUACCAGACCAAAGAGACCCUGAAACAGCGCCUCACGCAGGCCGUGGAGCAGUAUGAGGGCUUCAGUCUGGUCUGAACACGCGAGGGUCCAGCUGCACUGCUUCGAUGCACUUUUAACAGCCCUAUGUAUGAAAAUGUCUACGGAUGUUUAACCGCUUGUGGGACACUUUCUUAUUGUAGGCCAAGACCAGGGUAUGUAUAGGCCAACCAUUUGAAAUGUCGUUUGAAAAAUGUUUUAAACUAGAAUAAUCACAGAUGCUGUCAGUUAGUGUUGCAUGGCAUAAUAUGGAUCCUAGAAUCUGAGUUGGGAAACAGAGUUAAGGUGGACUUUUACAUUUAAUUUCAGAUUUACAUAUUUUCUAGUCCAUAUAAAUCAUAUUUUUAUCUUUAAGAGUUAUUAUCUUGAUACAUUUUGUUCUUUUGCUGCUUAAUGAACUUUAAUUUAUGUAACGAGAGGUUACUUUAACAAUCCAUUCCUUUAUGUAGACUCACGUGAUGUUCCAUGACUUGAUCCUGACUUUUUUCCUGGACUUUGGUUGCCAUUAUGUGGAUCCUUUAAACCAGCAUGUCCUUCUCUGCCUGACUUAAAAAAAAGAUCGAACAUUUGCUGCAAGGAGAGCGGAUAGUCUCAGCCGAACCCGAGCUUAGUUCUACAGUGUUGCCUUCUAUAAUAUGGACACCCAACCUGGAGUUCAAUUGGAUGUUGUCUUUGUGCAUGUGUGCAAGCAAAUGAUAAAUAUCCAUCCUAGAAUUAAUACCUGUGGCUAGUGUACUAUUUGAAAUUCUGAUGAAGGUGAUAUCUGAGUGUUUUCUCACUAAAAAGUGCUUAUAUUUACACAUGGGACUGAGGACGUCUACGAUAGACAUGUGGCUGUUUGUACUGAAGCCCUCGAUCUGUAUUUAUUCCAAAAUGCUGAAAGUAAUGUUCAUUGAUGUGAAAUGUGUUGAUCAUAUGAAAAUCUCUCAAAUAUAAACCUGAUAUAUUUUUGUACCACAUUUACAGUACUCAUUUCUACAGCAAUAAGCUCAGUGAUUGUGUCGUCAUGACUGGGCUACUCUUAGACAGGUGUAACACUGGAUUCAUUAUGUCAGUGCAUGUACUCAACUAAUCCCAUUCAUUCAUACUGGUUUAUUCUGCAGACUUUAGUCCUAUGCAAUGGUUUGUCAAACCUUUUUGCACCUUUUGUGUUACAGAAAUGUGUUAUAUCUAUUGGAUCUCCAAGAUUCUCUGUUCAGCCAACUUUCCAAUAAAAUAAUGAGUAUGCAA